AUGUCUAACCAGAACACUAACUUCGCCCCAAGCACGAGCAGCAACCGCAGCCUUCGCAACGGCACUAGCAUCUCAAGGUUCCUGCUCGGAAUGGGGCCAAUGCCCCCGCCCAGGCCAGAGGACAUCGCGGUCGCUGCGAUGUACAGCGCCAUGGAUGGGACUCAGCAGUCGCAGGGAUCCAUUGCGUCUUACUCCCAGGAUCCUGACUCCGGAAGUCAGCAGUCAACGUCUGUCGGCUAUGGGUCCCAAUCUGCCUCCCAGGUACAGGAGGCAUCAGCGAGUCAGGAUCAGACGGGCAAGAAAUGCAUGGGUCUUGCAUCCCACGAAGGAAAGUUAGGCUGGAAAUAUGUGGAUGAGUCCCAGAAGACAGCCCGGAGGAGACUCGAGACGCACCAAGAUGUUGAUGCCGCUUUCGAUGCCAUUAUCGCACGGAAAAGAGCUGCGAGAUCAAAGCCCAUCACAAUGGAGAUAUCCAAUUUAGACUUCGAUCCCAAGGGCACCGAAUCUGGUAAGAAGAAGGAGGGUUCGAAACCCACUAAAAUGACGGAGUGUGCAUAUGGCGAAGAGCUUCGCACCGUGCAAAACAAGCUCGCAUGCACUAUCCACGGGAAGGACAAGGAUCGUUGGUGCUACAUCGAUCCAAGUAAGCCCAAUGAGCACAUCCCUUUGGACCUAGAGACAGUACAGCUGUGGGCCCGGAAGAUCCAUGAUGGCGAAGUGCCUUCUAGCUGUGCCGUCCUUCCGAACGUGUUGACUCUCGACAAGCUCCGGAACAAAGCUAACGAACGUACCACUCGUGCUCGCCAUGCAGCAGCCAAAGUACAACCUGUGGCACCACCACCAAUGCAUUUUCACUUCGGUGAAGCACUCGACAACGUCCCGCACCAUCUUCCUCAUGUGCGCGGGAGCAAGAGACUGGCACCGGACCACAACUUCCAGGUCGACGAUCUAGAGGAGGAGGAGGAACCUGUCCCGAUCGUUGAGGUCCUUCAGGCCCUGGACGUCAAGCAGCCUCUCGCUAACUACCCUACCUAUGAACAGGCCCUUGCGAGACACGGCAUUUAUUACGCACGCAAUGCGCUCGACUUCGACACCGAGUUCUACGCCGAGGAGGUGGGAAUGCCCAAAGGUUUGAUCGUGUCAUUCCUCCGGAAGGCGCGUGCCCUGGUCCUUGACAGUUUCCGAGCGGGAAUAACCACCCAUGGCGAGAAGGAGAACAUCGAGCGAACGCCUAAGCGGAGGAGGGUGUCGGCAAAGGGAAAGGGGCGGGCGCAUACCCGAACUCCGACCGCUUCGCCAAGAAGCAUUCGGUCGUAUACGACAUCUGUCAAGAUCUGA